AUGGACUCUCGCACCAGCGGCGCCGGCACAGCAAGCAGCAGAGCGUAUUUCGAACAGCAACGAGAAGCCCUCGUCGGCGACAUUGCCGAAAGCUUCGAACAAGUCCUCGGCAACAUCAACAAAUUGAAUCGAUCCCUCGAGGCCAUCAUCGCUGUCGGCAAUGAAUUCUCCUCUGUAGAAGCCCUCUGGUCACAAUUCGAAAACGUAAUGGGCAAAGACGAAGAAUCCAAUAAACAGACCGACCAACAAGACGCCGCAAAGCACAACGACGACGACGAGACAAUGCAAGAGUAA